CGUAUGUUCUGCCUGUUUCCUGCAGCAGAGAAGUAGGUGGUGUCGAAAGCCUGGCUAGAUCCAACAACAGCGUAACCUCGACCAACACCAUUUUACAAUGAAAUUAUCAUCAUUCAUACCCGCUUCUGAACUGCACUACUUCACCCUUCUGCUGGUAACAGGUCUGUAUACUCCAGGGCGAGGAGAGAUAACCAGUCUGGAUACUGGGAACAUCGAUGACAUCCUUAACAAUGCUGGGGUGGCUCUUGUCAACUUCUAUGCAGACUGGUGUCGAUUUAGUCAAAUGCUCCAUCCCAUCUUUGAGGAGGCGUCGAAUAUAGUGCGAGAGGAAUAUCCAGACCCUACACAGGUGGUGUUCGCACGGGUGGACUGCGACCAGCACUCUGAUAUAGCACAGCGCUACAGGAUAAGCAAAUACCCCACACUGAAGCUGUUCAGGAACGGAAUGAUGAUGAAGAGAGAAUACAGGGGUCAAAGGUCAGUGACCGCAAUCGCUGAUUUCAUCCGUCAGCAGAAAGUGGAUCCAAUUAAAGAGAUGGAGAAUCUUGAAGAGACAAGCACUUUAGAUAGGAGUAAACGCACCAUCAUUGGUUACUUUGAGCAAAAGGACACUGAUAACUACCGUACUUAUGAGAAAGUGGCCAACAUCCUGAGAGAUGACUGCGUUUUUCUGGCAGCUUUUGGAGCGAUAUCUAGGCCAGAGAGGUUCAGUGGUGAUAAUAUUAUCUAUAAGCCAAUAGGAGAGAAUGCUCCUGACAUGGUUUACAUGGGCUCACUCAUAAACUUUGACCUCAGCUACGCCUGGGCACAGGACAAGUGUGUGCCACUAGUCCGAGAAAUCACCUUUGAAAAUGGAGAGGAACUGACGGAGGAAGGCAUCCCAUUCCUGAUUCUCUUCCAUCAGAAGGAUGACACAGAGAGUCUGGAGAAGUUUCAGCAUGAAGUGGCUCGCCAGCUUAUCGGUGAAAAGGGUUCUAUAAAUUUUCUUCAUGCUGAUUGUGAUAAGUUUAGGCAUCCUUUGCUACACAUUCAGAAGACCCCCUCUGACUGCCCCAUAAUUGCCAUUGAUAGUUUCCGUCACAUGUAUGUCUUCCCAGAGUUUAGCGACCUAGCGGUUCCAGGAAAGUUGAGGCAGUUUGUAUUGGACCUGCAUUCAGGAAAGUUGCACAGAGAGUUCCAUCACGGGCCCGACCCAACAGACAGCACUCCAGGACAGGAGAUUGGGGAGGUGGCCAGUAAUCCCCCAGAGAGUUCGUUCCAGAAGUUGGCCCCAAGUGACACACGUUACACCAUCCUCAGGGACCGGGACGAGCUGUGACAUCACAACUGCAUCAAGACCCAAUCCAGAACCCAGCAGUCAGCCACUGACACUGUCUGCGCAACCUCUAUUUUCAUAAUGUUUAUUUUAGAUACAAAAAGAAGGUGAACCCCUGAGCAUUUUUGGGGUGGGGAUCAAAGAGGAGCAUUUUUACCUUUUGUUUUCGGAGCUUGUAAAUAUGUUUGUGCUCUGUGGGUUAGUCGUGUUUAAAUUAUCAAUAUGAUAUUUUUUUUUUUUUGGUCAACCAAGUUCCCCUUUUUUGUAGGAAAACAUUGGUACAUUGGUGGCCCUCUUUGUUGGGAACCUGCAUUCAGCUGGCUAUGGAUCGUGCAAGCAAGUGGAAUCAUGGGAAUAUAUAGUCAAAGAACAAAUCUGCAGUCAACCUGUGGUGUUUCACUCCAUUCCUCAACAGAGUGUACCGUGUGUGUGUGUGUGUGUGUGUGUGUGUGUGUGUGUGUGUGUGUGUGUACGUGUACGUGUAUAUGCUACAUGUGCUUAUUAGUCUGUAUUAGUAUGUACAAUAACGUUCCAGGCAUGUUAAAAUUCACACUCACCAAGAUCCAGACUCUAGUCUCAUAUCGCAUAUCGGCCCAUUCCACCUGGGGGAAGUGAUAAGGGGAGGGUUUAUGUAAGGGCUGGGUUCAGAGGGGAUGGGAUUAUUUGUAAAUCUGUCAUAUCAGAGGGGAAAAGGAAACUAAAAAAGUAAAUUA